UUCAAUCAAACUGCAUGAUUUUAAUUAAGCACAAUUAUUUUGUUUUUAUUUUAUAUAUAUAAGAGUUCUUACAUUCUUGUACAACCACUAGUGCACAUAGCGUUUCAUGAUGCAAGUCCUUAAAACUAAUUUUCCCAGGAAUGCGACCCGCCGAAUCGUUUAACAACCAGGUACCCAUUUACUGCUGAGUGAACAGAGGCUACAGUUAAGGAUUGGCGCCCAGUCAAUCCUCCCCGGCCAGGAUACGAACCCAGGCCAAAGAGCUCCCAAAAAGUUAGGAGAGUGUUUUACAGCUACACCACGGGGACUACUAGAUGGAUGAUAAUAUUGAUAAUAGCUGAUUUAAGCUAUUUAGACUAUUAAAGUUUAGCUUUAGUAAAUGUAAUGAAGAUAGACUUGUGUAGGGAGCAGAAAGCCAGAUACAAAAUACUAUUUGAGAGAUGAAAUCCUUCAAGAAUCUAGGAGAGAUCUAGGAGUUGAUAUCACACCAGACCUGUCCCCUGAAAUCCACAUCAAGAGGAUAUCAUCAGAAUAUCCUAGGUUGGCCAGUAUAAUAACUGCCUUUACAAACUUGUGUAAGGAAUCUUAAGAACCUUUAUACCAUAUAUGUCAGACCAAGUAUGCCAUACUCCAGUGUGGAGUCCAUAACUAAUUGAGCACAAGGCCAAAUUGAGAAAGUUCAAAGGUAUGCCACUAAACUAGUAACCAAAACUGAGCAGUAUGAUCUAUGAGGAAAGACGACAGGCACUAAACCUCAGGUUAUUGGAAAAUAAAAGAAUAGGGGAGACAGGAUUGCCACAUACAAAAUUCUCAGUGGAAUUGAUAUGGUAGAUAAAGACAGAUUAUUUAACACGGGGACAUGGGCAGAAUUUGAGUACCCAAAUGAACCAUACAGACAUUAGAAAGAACUUUUUCAGGUCAGGGUUACCUUAUGUUGAUUUUGGAGCUUAAUGUCCUCAUGGCCCAGUCCCUGACCAGGCAUCCUACCAAUAGGGUCGUUAACAAAUGAAACGAGCUAGGCAGUGAUGUUGUGGAGGUAGACUCCAUACACAGCUUCAAAUGUAGAUAUGAUAGAGGCCAGUAGGCUUAGGAGUCUGUCUGUACAUCAGAUGUUUGAUGGUUGAGAGGUGGGAGCAAAGAGCCUAAGCUCAACCCUUGCAAGCACAAUUAGGUGAGUACAGAGACAGAUGGAUGCCUAACUCCUACCACAGGUACAUGUUCUGCUGAAUGAUAGACAAGCUCUUACACCAGGCACAUGUGUUGCUGAUUGAUAGACAAGCUCCUACACUAGACAUGUUCUGCUAAAUGAUAGGCUCCAAAUCUGUGCUUAUACGGAUAUGUUCUGCUGAGAGGUGCAGACUCAAAUAGCCAGAAAAUAAAUGUUAUUGAUGCUUUUAGAAUCAGAGGCACAAUCUGCACACAGAAAUAACACCACGUAAGACCAGAAGGCAUGGCAGGAUGUACAAAAUAGCCCCACUGAAAAAUGGAAGCGCAACAGGCACAUCGAGAGAGAAUUCUAUCAACAUCGAAGGCCCAAGACUUUUCAACACACUUUCCCAACACAUAUGGGGCAUAACUGACCGACCUCUCGCAGUGUUCAAAGGAAAACUCGACAAGCACCUUCAAAGGAUCAUCCAGUCAGUAACUCAUACAUCAGGCUGCGAACAGCCACACCGAACAGCUUACUCGAUCAGACCAGCAACUAGAGGUCUGGUCAAAGACCAGGACACGAGGAUAUUGAUCCUUGAAUUCAUCAACAGGUAGUCAACAGGUGUGGAGACAAAGAUACAAAAUUGUAAUUCCAGCAUGGAUUCUGUUCAGUUACAACUGCCAAUUAAAGGAGGAAAAAUUCGAAAAUCACACAUGGAAAAACUCAUCUUAGAUCCUCCUCCAGAUGCUGCAGCAGAUUUGAUCAAAGAAGCCUUUAAUGAUCUUACUGCACCCAAAAUCCCACCACAACAAGUUUAUGCAGUGGAAAAGCUUGUAUCAGCAGCAUCAGGCUCCGAAGAAUCUGCUAAAAUCAGUAGUGCAAUCCUCAUGUCAGCUUUGUUGCAGCUGAAACCAAAGGUACAACUUAGAAACAAGAUAAUGAAGUCCCUUCCCUCCAUUGGUAAUGAGUUUCUGGACUCUUACUUAGAGGGCAUCAUGAGUGUGCUUAUCUGUGCCUUAACGGAUGCUGACAAUCUCAGUGUCUUAGUGCAGGGAAUUUCUCUUGUGGUGGAAGAUGCUGGGGCUUUAUUAUGUCCUGGUAAAUCUAAAAACUAUAAAGGGAAUGAAGACCAUUCUGAGGAAAUCAAAAAAGAGAAAAGGGAAAACAUCUUCUUAGAUCUUCAUCCUAAAAUUCUCAAGGCAAUGCUCCAAGGUAUAAACCUUUUCUGGAAUGGAAGUUUCAGGGAAUCUUCAUCAUCAAUAGAAGCUUGUGUGGUCCUGCAGCAUAUACAACAACUGAUGAAAAGCAGCACUAUGUACUUUCAACAGCAUUACAGUGAUUUUUCACAAAUUGCUGCUCUAUUGCAAGAGAUAUCUGAGCUGCUGCUUGCUGUACUGAGUGUGGUCCGUCAUCCUAGUUGUCCUUUGGACUUGAGAAUCAACUGUGGUCAUUUGUUAGUUGUGAUUCACAGCAUCAUUUCUCAGGGUAAUCUUAGUCAGCUUGUGCAUCAUGUAGUAAAUGGAGAGAAGCCAUAUGCUGACCUUACAGCUGUGGCACAGUUGGCUGUCAUUAAUGGUGUUUUGUGUGUCACACGUAGCAAAGAUCCUUAUAUAGGAAAUUAUGAAACCUGCCUUGGUGUUCAGGUACUUCAAGCAGUUCUUAACCUUUCUUCACAAUCUAAUGAUGGCAGUAUUGCUAUUAGUACAGUAAGAGUUAUUUAUCAGUGGACUCUGCGUACUUUAGAAGCAUUACAAUUUCCUCAGGCAGAAAAAAAAUUGAAUAUGGUUUUCAAUUUUCAGUCUCCUCUCUUAUCAAGUCUUUUGGAUUACCUCUGGUUAGUAUGGGAUCAUUUCCUGGAUAGUGUUAAGCAUACAACUAAGGAUUGUUUUAUGAAUUUAAUAAAGAUACUACAAUUGAUUGAUUCAGAAAGCAGUAAAUACCAUUUUUUAGAAAUUUGCAAGACGUUACUGAAUCAGCUGAGUUCACGGAAGUAUAGGUGCAGUGCUGUAAGCUGCAUGGUGCCUAUAGUUGGAACUCAGACCCUACUGGAGUUUUAUCCAAACUUAGCACAUGAGCUUGUGAACUACAUGAAGGAUCCAGCCAUGGCUAGUCAUGCAGCAGAGCUACUAGAGGCUCUCUUCACACAACAUGAAAAGGAAGUUACAACAGAUGACUGGCAAAAUUUAUGGCUUAACACUUUCAUUAAUUUAUUUUCCAAAGAAAUGCAAACAUUUGGAUAUGAAUUAUUAUUUAAGAAACUAUUAUUCACCUCUCCAGGAAGUCUUGAUAAUGCUGUAGCAAGACUUAUUCAAUGCUCAAAUAACCCUGUCAGUGAAAAGCUUUGUCUCUUAAUAAUGUGUGUAAAAAUUGGCAGGGUUUCAUCACACUGGCUCAAGCAAUGUCACAGCAAGUAUGACGAGAAUGACAGUAGCAUAUGGAAGUGUAUUUUACCUUAUAAAAUCAUUGAGCUUUGUCUGUCACACAAGGAGGAGUUGGUACGAACAGCAGCUUUUAGUCUCAUCUGCGAGAGUCCCAGGUCUACUGAGCUCUUUGAAAAAUAUGAACUUGAUCUCAUCAUAGAUUAUUUUAUUUAUAGUAUAACAACUCAGAGCCCAUCAUAUAAGCAACAUAUGAUGAAAAGUACAAAAAAAUUGCUUCAGAGAAUCAAGGAAGGAUCAGUAGCUUUAUUAAAAGAAGGUAAAAGUCAAGACAACAAAUGCUUAGUAAAUACAGUCAUUGGAGAACAAGCAUCAUUUUGUAAAAAAUUAUUUUCAUUGAUGGUUCAGAAUCUUAACUGUGGAGCUAACAAUGCACGCAGAGGAACAGCUCUCUUGAUCUUACAGAUGUUUCAUGAUAUUAUUUUGGGAGAAUGUGGAAAGAUUCUUGGCUUGGAUAAACUUGACCAUGAUCAUGUGUACAUUGAUACCCUUUUUUGUGUUUUGAAUGACUCAUUUGAGAGCAACAAAAUGAUCGCUCUUAAACUUUUGUGUUCUGUCUCUGAAGAAAAUUGCGAAACUGUACGUAAUGUAAAGUUACGCUCCCUCUUAAGAGCUGCCUCUAGCUUGGCUUCAUCAUGUAGACCUCCUGAUUCUUUGUCUGCAGCUUACAUUUUCAAAUUUUUGUCAAUAAAACCAGAAGCAGUAAAAAUUAUUGAAGAAAGACUGACAGAGAGAAUAAAUUCAAAGAACUUUAGAGAGAUCCUAUGUAGAUACAUCAUGGAGUCUCUUGAAUUACAAGUACAAUCUGCACAUGAAAGUUUAUUAAAGGCAGCAGCAUCAGGCCCUAUGUAUGGAAACCUACUGUGUUUAAAGGUGCUUUUAUCUGACAUGACUGAGCCAGAGCUGAUCAGAUCUCAUGAAGUUUGGAUUCAAUUGAUACAAGAAGUGUUGAAAAUGUGUUACACAAUUUCUGAGUUAGUUGCCCCAGUAGUUAGAAAUUCUUCACCAGAAGGUCAUUUACCAAUGGAUCUCAAUCCUGAAAGUUUAACAGCUUUGAGGGUUACUUUACAAGCAUCUCUAGGCAAUCAACAGUUCCAAGAGGGCAAGAUAAUCCUCUCUCAAGAAUCAAAUUGUGAUGAAUUAGUGAAGGCUCAAGCUGUGAGUGCACAGAUGUUGCUGCUCUGUGCAUGGCGCUGUAUAAAAGAAGUUUCAUUGAUAUUAGGAGAUUUAAUACAAUUAGUACCUCUGUCUCCGGGUGUUCAUUCUGUGCUUAAUGUUGAGAAUAUUAUCACUAUAGGUCAGUAUUUCUUAACACAGUUGUCAGAAACAAAACACAGAGGGGCCUUUGAACAGUCAUAUAUUGGGUUUGGCAGAGUAUGUGAAAGAUUAUGGCAAUGUGAGGAGGAACAGCUAAGGAAGCUACCAGAAGGGUGGCUCAAAGAGGUAUUAGCUUCAAUACAAAAUGAUGGAGACUCCCGACUCUGUUCUACUCGUCGCAGUGCUGGUGUGCCCUUUGUUGUGCAGGCAGUAUUAUCAUCAGAACCAAGUGUCAGAAGAGCAACAUGUCUCAAGAAUACUAUGACAACUUUGCUGCACUUGGCAGAAGAAUCUCAGUAUGAUGGGACAGACUCAAGAAUUCAUGCUUUUAACAUUCUGAGGGCAGUGUAUCGUGAUACAAGAUUAGGCGAUCUUGUAAUACCUUAUGUUUCUUCGGGAGUUAAGGCUGCAAUACGAGGAUAUAAAAGUACAUCUUGGGCAGAGCGUAAUGCAGCCGCACUUCUUUUUGCAGCAUUAACAACACGUAUGCUUGGUGUAAAGCAGACGCAAGAUGAUCUGAACCGUAAAAAUGCCAUGUCUGCUUUAGUUUUCUUCAGGAGAUACCCAGAACUCUUUAAUUUCUUGAAAGAUGAAUUAGAAGCUGGAGCUGCUGGUGUGAGAGAAAAAAAAUUAGUACCAGCCUUGUUUCCCACUCUAUUACUCCUAGCUCGAUUGUCACCAGCUCCUCUUGAGGGUCAUACUUCUACUGUAUCCUUGACUUUGUUCACCCCUUCAGUUCUUCAAUGUGCAGGCUCUUCAGUGCUGCAUCUGCGUGCUCUUGCAUCUCAUGCCAUCAUUGCCCUUGUCCCUCCCAGUUACCUCCAUCAAAUUGUAAAUCAACUUUGCAAGGAAGCUUGCCUCACUGAUCAGAACAAGCUACAUGGGAUCUUGCUAUGUCUUUUGAAGUUGUUGAAAAGUUAUACUGUCCUUCCUUCUGAUGAAAUACAGUCUAUUAUUAUGAACAUAACUUCAAUAUCAUGGACGGCAAUGGAAAAUAAUCCUUGUUUAGUGACGCGUGGGUGUGCCCUAGAACUCUUUACAUUUCUUUACAAUAAGUGCCUUAUAAUGAAAACAUCACCUGUAUUAAAAGCAAUUUCUUCAGCAUCUGUUUCUCUAGUCUCUUCCAAUGUUCAAAUUUCCAGAAUGCCUUGGUCAGCACUUUGUCAGAGGCAAGCAGCUCAGUUUCUGCUUCAGUGUUGUCAAACUGAAGAAUAUGAUGCAUUAAAUAUGAUUAUUACUCUUAUCACUAGUGAUUGUUAUGAAGUAAGACUUUCUGCAUUAGAGCACGUAGCUAGUCUCAAAAAUCAUUCAGAGCUUAUUACCAAACAGUUGUUGGACAGAAUGGCAGAUUCAGAAAUUCAUCCUGAAUGUCGCAUCCAAAUUUAUAAUAUACUAAGUAGAAAGAUUUGUUCUUAUGUUAAGGUGACUCUAAUGCAAAGAGAUUGUCUGACUGCUCUACUGGAGCGCGUUAUAUCCCAAAUCAAGGAAGAGCCUCGUAUAGAGGUAAUAUCAUCAUUGCUGCAAUUCAGUUCUGCAAUUGUCACCGCACUUUUAUCCUUGAAACCAGUUGCUAAUGAUGAAUAUGCUACCAAUCAUUGGCUGGAUGUGGUUCUAAGUUAUUCAACAAGCGAACACAGCAUAGAUAUUCGUUUAAUGGUUGCUGAAGGAAUAUCAAACAUAAUGCCCUUCCUUUCUUCUCAUCCUAGUAUAUCUGAAUGUGCCAGACUUGAAGUGUACGAGUCGGUAGUUAUGCUGCUACAGGAUGACUGUGAUGUAGUACGGGACACUGUUGCAGAAGGUGUACAGCCUCUCUUAACACAAUGUUUUAACCAUCAACAGUGUGUCCUGCAGUCUACAAGAAUCUUGCCAAAAAUUUUUGAAGUAAUUGGGAGUAUUGGAACACCUGAGGCCUUAACUCUGCUGCUGAAACUGGCAUUGAAAGAAGACUUACCACAAACCUUUGGAUUAACACAGGAUGAUGAUAGAGUUUUUGACAAAGGCGAGAUGAAUAUUUACCAUGAAGAUAUCCUGGUAGGCAGACUUGCUGCAAGAUCCUUAUCUAAUGCAUUGGCAUCCUGGUCAAGCACCAUCCCUCCGGUGUUCCUCAAACAUCCUAUUGUGCCAUUUCUUUGCUCAGUGUCACAAACAUACAAAGAAAAUAGCUCCGUAAAGAUGCAACCAGAAAAUCAAGAAGAUGCAGUUCUUUCCAUAGCUGGUUUGCUUUGCCUGCUGGAACAGGAUAUCGGUCAUAUAUUUCAGGAAAUUUCAGCACUUACAGAUACUUCUGUGUAUUGUGUUAAAAAUAUUGAUGUGUGGCUUGUGAGAUUAGGCUGCCGUUCAGCUCUCUGGAGAGCCAUAACUCGACAUAAUUACACUAAGUCAGAGGUAAUAACUGCAGUGGUGACAGCAUUGCAAAAUAGUAUUAUUACAAGUAAAUUUCUCCUUGAAAUUUUGGAUGAAUUGUCAUAGAAAAAUAUAGAAAAAGUGUUUUUUAUUUUUCUAAUUCCUUGUGAUAGGCAGGCAGGUGUAUAUAACAUUACUGCUGUACAUAAUCAUUAUAUUUUUUAAUUAUGAAUACGAAUCUGUAAGAUAAUUUUUUAGUUGAUGUACCAUCAAUUUUAUCAUCUUUCAUCAUAAUCACCUAAUUUUCCACUUUCAUUCAGCUAGCAAACAUGUAUCAAAAGAGAAGACGGAAGAUUAAGGAUACUGUAUUUGUAAAAGAGCAAAAAAACAGCUUUGAAUGUAAUGAAACGCCAUUUUCUGGAUGAGCCUCAUCAGUUUCUUGAAGUUAUGCGAACUGAUACUGUAUAUGCUAUAUUAGUUUGGGGUCAUCAGUCACAGGAGUCCUUAUGCCUAUCGGGGACCACGAGCCAGAACCUG